CGUAACAUCCCCCUUCUCCUCGAACAGAAACAAAUUGAUUGAACCCACCCGGCGUAGGAAAUUGAAGUUGAAGCAAGAACAAUGAGGUCCAACGCUAAACCCCAGUCUCCAUCUCCCUUCAACACCAAGCUCAUUCUCAUCUGUUCUUUCUUCCUUCUUUUCCUCCUCUUGGUUUUCGGCACCACUUCUUCCACGUUUUCCACACAACAACGGCGACCGCCGUCGGCUUCCAUUGCAGAAUCCCAGGUUUCCAACUCAACACCCUGCCCGUCCCUUCCUUCAUGCACCAAAGCGCCGCCGUCUCUGGCCACCGCACUCAUCCACUAUGCCACCACCAACACCACCCCACAGCAAACCUUCAAGGAGAUCUCGGUGUCGGCCAGAGUGAUAGAAACCAAGUCACCCUGCAACUUCUUGGUCUUCGGCUUAGGCCACGACAGUUUGAUGUGGGCAGCGCUUAAUCACGGCGGGCGCACCGUUUUCCUCGAAGAAGACAAGGCGUGGAUCGAUCAGAUGAAGCAGAAGUUCCCCGGUUUAGAGUCGUACCAUGUCGAAUACUCCACGAAAGUUCACCAAUCCGAUGCUCUGCUGGAGACGGGGACGAAAGAGGAAUCGUGCAGGGUGGUGAGUGAUCCUAGAUCCUCCAAGUGCGAGCUUGCUCACAAAGGGUUUCCGAGUGAAAUUUACGAUGUGGAGUGGGAUCUGAUCAUGGUGGAUGCGCCCACGGGGUUCCACGAUGAAGCUGCCGGGAGGAUGAAUGCUAUCUACACGGCAGGGUUGAUGGCUAGGAACAGGGAAGAAGGGGAGACUGAUGUUUUUGUGCAUGAUGUGAACAGAGCUGUGGAAGAUAAGUUCUCAAAGGCUUUUCUUUGUGAAGGAUAUCUGAGGGAGCAACAAGGAUUACUAAGGCAUUUCACCAUUCCCAGUCACAGGGCUGGCUCUGCUAGACUGCCCUUUUGUCCUUGAUUUGUUACUUCCAUUCCUGGUUUUGUUCAAUGAAUCUGCUUCUUACGCAUCAUCUUAA